AUGCUCCUCGCUCUUCCGCGAGCGCGAUGCUCGGCUCUCUUACAAUUUUGCUCCGCCAUCGAGCAGGUGAAACAGAUCCACGCCCAGCUGAUCGUAAACGCUCUCCUUGCUCAGCCGUCCGCCGUCGCCAAACUGGUCGAGCGUUACCACGCCGUGACCGGCGGGGAUGGCCACGUUCGUCUCAUCUUCCACCAUCACCAUUGCAGCUCUGCGUUAGCGUCCAACGCCAUGCUCCGUUGCAUCCGCCCAGAAGACGCUCUGGCCCUCUUCUCCCACCAAAACAAAAGCGGCCUCGUCACGCUUGAUCGCUUCGCCUACACUUGCGCCCUCAGCUCAUGCGCUCAAUUGAACGCUCUUCUCGAAGGGACGCAAGUCCAGGCGCGCAUCGCCAAGUCCGGGUUCACGUCCGACGUCGUCGUCAGCACCACUGCGGUCCACUUCUACGCGAGCUGUGGGGACGUCGACGCGGCGCGGCAAGUGUUCGACGAAAUGACUACGAGAAAUAUAGUGUGA